AUGGGUUCUGGGGCCUCAAGCGAGGCUGCUCAGGCCACAAAUUUUGUGGGAAUGGGUCGACUUCGAGAAGAUAUGAAGAUGUAUCGAUUAGUUGAUAUGCAUGGUGGUGGAGAAUUGAUUCCAUGGUUAAGAUAUGCGAUGGUUUCAAAUGAUACAUCAUUUAUUGAUGCUUAUAUUGAUACAAAAGUUCGAGAAUUUUUGUAUAAUCAAGGAAAGGGAAAAUUGGUGACGGUUACCGAAUUGGUCAAAUUGAGAAAUAAGGUUGGUUUUGAGAGAAUUACAGAUUCCGAAAUGCCCAAAUAAAAUAACCAGCUUGUCUUUUUCUCACGCACUUUUGCUCAAUCAUCCAGAAUCCCCUAACUUUCUUUUCUUCCAGGAAAGAAACGAACGAUUGGGCGCAUUUUCCCGAAAAAAGGGAAAAGGUAAAAGUGGUCCAAAUGUUCUGGACGACUUUAAUCAAGAAGGUGAAAAUGUUGGUGAUCUCAAAAAAGCCCUAAAACUUCUUGAUGGUGGUGGAAAAGGUGGAAGAAAUGAAUCAAAAUAUCGUGAAAUUGCGUGGAAACUCGAAGAUCGUGGAAGUAUGGGUGAAACUAUCAUCGGAUGUUGUUUACUUCAUGCCACGGAAAUUCACAAUACUUUGGUUCUCAAAAUUCUUGAGGCUUAUCCAAAGUUAUUGAAUGAUAUUCAUAUUUCCGAAGAUUUUUAUGGAUUGACACCUUUGCAUCAAGCAAUUAUUAAUCAGGAUUGUGUUUUGGCUUUCAAGUUUUUGAAAUUGGGAGCUGAUGUGAAUUCAAGAUGUUUUGGUGCAUUCUUUUGCGCUGAUGAUCAGAAAGAUUCCAGAACUGAUUCCUUGGAACAUGAAUAUGUCGAAUUGUCACAGAAAACUAAUUACACCGGGUUGGUUAACCAAAAAAUUAAGAAAUAAAAUAAGAAACAUUUUUUUUUAGCAACAUGUACUUUGGUGAAUAUCCUUUAUCAUUUGCUGCUUGCCUAAAUCAACCCGACUCAUUCCGUCUUCUUCUCGCUUUCAAAGCCAAUGCAAAUGCUCAAGACACAAAUGGGAACACAGUUCUUCAUAUGUGUGUUAUCCACGAAAACAUGGAAAUGUUCAAAUUGGCGCUUGAAAGUGGAGCAAGUCUUCGAACGGUAAAUAAACAAAGUUUGUCACCUUUGACAUUGGCAGCAAAAUUGGCGAAAAAAGAAAUGUUUCGGGAGAUUCUAGAGUUAGAAGGUGAUAGUGUUUGGGCAUAUGGAGAUGCUUCUUCAACAGCUUAUCCUUUGGCUAAAAUUGAUACGAUUAAUGAAACAAGUGGAGAAAUGAAUGAGGCAUCUGCAUUAUCAUUAGUAGUUUAUGGACAAACAAUUGAUCAUUUGGAAUUAUUAGAUGGGUUGUUGGAUACAGUUUUAGAUGCAAAAUGGGAAGCAUUUGCAAAAAAGAAGUAACUAUUCUCUCAGGAUCCCCAAGUUGGGUGAAAAAUUCAGAACUCUAAUUAAUUUUUGCAGCAUGAUCGUUUCAUUUGUCAGCUUCACUUUAUAUUACAUUUGCUUCGUCACAGCUGUUUCACUUCGCCCUUUUGGUUAUUCAACUGAAAUGAGUACAGAAGGAUGGAUCAAUCGAUAUUCUGAACCGUUUCCUGGAAUUUACAAACUCAAUAGUGAUACUCCAACAAUCCCUUUAAUUAAUACAAGUUCUGGAAUUCAUCAAUGGUCUGCAAAAUUAACACAAUGUCAUUUAAGAAAUUAUACAGAUCCGGAUAUGGAAUUCACAAGUAGUUAUUUGAGAUUGGUCUUCGAAGUUUUAGUGAUUCUUGGAGUUCUUAUUCAAAUGUUUCUUGAUUUUCGUGAUAUCAAAAGAGCUGGUCGAAAGAAGUGGUUCAAUGUAUUAAAAGCCUUUCCAGCCAAGAUUAUUUAUAAAACAACAUAUUUUCUAAUAUUAUUAAUGAUUCCAGUUCGUUUAGCAUGUGAUCUUUCUCCAGUUCUUCUAACUAUUGAUAAUACUCUUAUAACAAUUACUGUCAUUUUCACAACAAUUCAUUAUUUAUUUUAUUGUCGAGUUAUUCGUUUUGUCGGUCCAUUCGUUCUUAUGGUUUACACAAUUAUUGCAACUGAUAUCUUCAGAUUUCUCCUUAUUUAUGGAAUUUUCCUUAUGGGUUUCUCGCAGUCAUUUUCCCUUAUCUUUUUAUCAUGUGAAAGAGAAGCAACACAAAUCAAGAAUAUUAUCAAAAAUCAUACAGAAUCUCUUAAUCUUACCGAAAAAGCGAUAUAUGAAAAAACAUUGGCAAGUAUGGAUCCAGUAACAAUUAAAAAUGCCGAAGUUUUCGAGAACGUUAUUCAAAAUCCUGUUGAAGCUUUUGUUCGAACAUUCAUCUUAACAAUUGGUGAAUUCACAGUUCUCUACAGAAAUCUGGCAUUAUGUCCAUCGAACACAAUGGUUUGGAUCGGGAAGGCUAUAUUCAUUAUGUUCGAACUUUUCGUAAGUAUUAUGCAGUUCAAUAUGUUAAUUGCUAUGAUGACAAGAACAUAUGAGACUAUUUUCCAAACACAACAAGAAUAUAAAAGACAAAAAGCACAAGUUAUUUUGAUGUUGGAAUUAUCAUUGAGUCCAAAGGAUCGAUUGGAAUAUUUGUUAAAAUAUUCGAGACCGACGGGAACAAAUAAAAGAGCGAGAAGUUUGGUUGUCAACAAAAAAGCAGUGGUAAGUGGAAAAUAUAUCACAGACUUCAGAAAAGUUUCUUAUUUUCCUAUAGAAAAUUUGAAUUAAUUCAAAUUUUCAAUCAUAGCAUUAUUUUCUUUCAGUUCAACCCCGAUUCAAAACAAGACACCGCAGCUCGCGAAGCAAAAGCCAAACAAGUUCUCGAAGAAAAGAAGGCGAUUUUGAAACGAAAAAUGAAAGAUAUGGAAUUGAGAGAAGGUUUGGUUGUUGGUGGAAUGCGGCCAGUUACUGGAUAUCAAAGAACACCAAGACUUCAUACACAAUAUUUGAAUCGGCAAGUACAGGCAAAUAAUCAAAAACAAAAUGAGGAAAAAGACAAGGACAAAUGA